UAUGGCUAGUGAUUUCUACCUGCGCUACUAUGUAGGGCACAAGGGAAAGUUCGGACACGAGUUUCUGGAGUUCGAGUUUCGGCCCGACGAAUACAUUGUAUACUGAACUUCGCUCACCUGCAGCAAGAAGAGUUUUAAGCUAAGUAGAUUUUUAAAAGUAUGCCAUGUCCUAGGCAAUAUGUAAAUUCAAAAAUUGAAGGAAAGCUAAGAUAUGCUAACAAUAGCAAUUAUAAAAAUGAUGUCAUGAUCAGAAAAGAGGCAUAUGUCCACAAAAGUGUAAUGGAAGAACUGAAGAGAAUUAUUGAUGACAGUGAAAUUACAAAAGAGGAUGAUGCUUUGUGGCCACCCCCUGACAGGGUUGGCCGGCAGGAGCUUGAAAUUGUAAUUGGAGAUGAACAUAUUUCUUUUACCACAUCAAAGAUAGGUUCUCUUAUUGAUGUAAAUCAGUCAAAAGAUCCUGAAGGCCUUCGAGUAUUUUACUAUUUGGUACAAGACUUGAAAUGUUUAGUUUUCAGUCUCAUUGGAUUACACUUCAAGAUUAAACCAAUUUAAAUUGUAUAUUUGUGAAGAUCUUUGUAUAUUUGAGGGGUGGGGGAGAGAGGGUUUGUCAUUUAUAAUAUUAGGAUUUUUAUGAAUGUGAAAAUAAACUUUUUGUAUGUAAACUGAACAUAGAAAAAUAAACAGAUUUAAUGGUUUUUCUCCCUUGCGUCUAAGUAGGUAAGACUGUCCACAUACACAUUAAAUUCUGUAAAUAAAAGACACUUUUUGUUGAAGGUUUGCUCUAAUAAAACAUAGCAAAACUGGUAUGGGAA